GUUCUCUAUACCAGGAACUACUUCGAGGCCAUCGUUGCUGGUAGUGGCUGAUCAUCCUUCACCACCCACUGGCGCUCUCUCUCUCUCUCUCCCACCCACCAUGACGAGGUAGCAGACAUCCUUCUACAACCAGGAUCAGGAUCAGGAUCAGGAUAUGGACAUGAACGACGACGAAGACGACGACAAGUACGUUCGCUACGCGCACGUGCCCAUUCCCUCCUACGAAGACGCCAUCCAGCGUCCGAACUCAUCGCAGAACCACGGCCAAGCUGAGCAAGAACGCGAGGGACUGCUGGACCAACAUGGACGAACGCGCUCCUAUCAGCCGCCGACGGCCGAAUCGCCACGAUCGAGCGAGGACAGCGACCUGAGAUUGCCCGAGGUGGACGGCGACGAUAAUGAUGAGCGACGACGAGUGGAAGAGCUCGACUAUCUCGAUCCCUCCACCGCCGACCCCGACUCCCGAAGAGCGGGCCUAUACCAUCGCUCCAGGAUACGAUCCAAGUUCAGCCAGCACCUGUCCAAUCUGGGCGCCACUCUUUCCUCCCUCCGCUUGCCUUCUUUUCGAUCUCUAUAUACCCCUGUACAAUCAGAACUCGAACAAAACAACAACAAUAACAACAACGAAAACGAUCAUGAAAACGAAAACUCCUCGGAGCCUCCUCGACGCUGGGCGUGGCUCUAUCGACCGCUUCCAUCCCUUCCCGUGCAGUACCGCAUGGGUGCCGCGACUGCUGCGAGACUGUGCGGCCUCAUGUCCAUCGCCAUUCUCAUCUACGUCCUGUUCAUUCUGGACGUCUUCCCUAACAGCGGCCGAUAUAUCGGCACGCGCUUCGAUCCAGAGUCGGUCCGAUCAUAUGUGCAAGAGAACGUGGAUGCUGCGCGAAUUGAGGAGUACCUCUAUCACAUUACAGGCUACGAUCAUGUAGCAGGAACAGAAGGAGAUCUGUACAUGGCAGAAUGGAUGAAGGGGAAGUGGGAGGAAGAGGGGCAUCUCGACAGUGUGGCCUUGCGCAGCUACUAUGUCUAUCUGAAUUACCCGAAGCAGGACGGCCGGAGUGUCAGUAUCGUGGCACCCGAGAACAAAAAGUGGAAGGCCAAGUUGGAGGAAGAAAGAGCCGAUCCGGUGAAACAGCAGACAUGGGCAUGGCAUGGACACAGCAAGAAUGGAUUGGUCGAGGGACACUUGAUCUAUGCAAACGGGGGCAAUAGAGAGGACUUUGCCUGGUUGCGUGAUCAAGGUGUGACGCUGAAUGGAAGUAUUGCCCUCAUGCGAUACUACAGCACGCAGGGCGAUCGAGCGUUGAAGAUCAAGGCGGCAGAAGAUGCGGGCUGUAUUGGGGCCCUGAUAUACUCGGAUCCUACCGAAGAUGGUUCUGUUCGAGGCCCAGUGUGGCCAGAAGGUCCCUGGAGAUCCGAGGACAGCUUGCAAAGAGGAGGUGUCAGUCUGAUGAGCUGGAUCGCAGGAGAUCCAUUGACUCCCGGAUAUGCCAGCACCAAAGACGCCAAGGUCCACGACAAGGAGAAUAACCCUGGCCUGGUCGGCAUUCCUUCACUUCCACUAUCGUGGCGAGACGCGAAAGUGCUGCUAGAGUCCCUCUCGGGGCAUGGUGUGCAGGUUCCCAAAGAGUGGGUCGGUGGCGACAAAUCCUUCACAAAAGAGUGGUACUCUGGCGCUUCCCCGGACAAGUCAUCUGACACGCCGAUCGUCAACCUGAAGAACCACAAUGAUGAGAACGACAAGCAACAAAUUUGGAACCUGCACGGCCUGAUUGAAGGUUUAGAGCAGCCGGAGAAGAAGAUUCUCAUCGGCAAUCAUCGCGACAGCUGGUGCUUUGGUUCUGUGGAUCCAGGCAGUGGCAGUGCAGUCAUGAUGGAGAUGGUCCGCAUCUUUGGCGCACUGCGAAAGCUGGGCUGGCGGCCUCUGCGGUCCAUCGAGUUCAUCAGCUGGGAUGCCGAAGAGUAUAACCUCGUCGGCAGCACCGAGUACGUAGAAGACAACAUGGAAGCUCUUCGCGAGGAUGCCGUGGCAUACCUGAACAUCGAUGUGGGUGUGUAUGGUCCCGACCCCGUGUUCCGAGCUGCCGGCUCUCCAGUUUGGGAACGACCUUUGCUUCACAUCCUCGACCGAGUGAACACCCCCAGCGGGUCUGCCACUCUCCGCCAGAUCUGGGACGACAGGAAGUCAAAGCUCGAAGGGCUCGGUGCAGGUUCUGAUUACGUCGCAUUUCAAGAUAUGGCCGGCACGUCCUCUAUUGACUUUGGCUUCGAAGGCCCGGAAUACGGUUACCCCUAUCAUUCCUGCUACGAGACCUUCGAUUGGAUGAAGCGAUUUGGCGACCCUGACUUUGGUUGGCACAGGACUCUUGGUCAACUCUGGGCUCUUCUCAUUCUGGAAAUUGCCGACCGACCCAUCGUCCCAUUCGAUCUGCGCAGUUACGCUGAUGCGCUGGAUGGGCCAUAUCUCGACACGCUGCAAAACUACGCUACAUCUCAGCUCCAGAAGCUCGGUCAGUCCACCCCCUCGGACAACAAGACCGAAAUCGACAUCUCCUCCCUCAAAGAAGCCGCCCAACACCUGAAAUCUGUGGCCUCUCACUUUCACAAAUUCGAAGACCUAUGGACCACCAACGUGCUUGGCACAGGCGGUUUGGAAACCUCAUCCUACGCCAUCCGCCGUCUAGCCUACAAUGACGCCCUCUCCACUUUCGAAACCGAUCUCCUCGAUAUCCCCUCUUCACCACUGGAUACAGACCAGCAUGGUGUGCCGGGGCGAGAGCAAUUCAAACAUAUUGUAUUUGGCCCUCAGGCGUGGAGUGGAUACGAUGAGGCGUAUUUUCCGGCGGUGAGAGAUGCCUUGGACGUCGGGGAUUGGGCGCUCGCGCAGAAGCAGGUGGACAAGGCCGCGGACAUUUUGGAAAGAGCCAUCAAAAGAUUGGAGGGCAAAGGAAGGAAACUAAUGUUGAAGUGAAUAACAUAUCAUCAAUCAAUUUUGUACAGGCAAAAUGGGAAGAAGGAAAUCGGCGACUGAGGGAAAAUGGUUUUUUUGAUUUCUUAUCUUUUUUUCCCAUAUCGAGGACUUGUUGUCAGUCAGUCUCGUCGUAUUUUCUUUUUUUGUAUAGGGUUGAACGAACCAUCACUCAUAGCAGGGCGUAACGGCGUUUGUCGGUGCGCGGCUUUACUUCUUUUUCUUUUGAAAGCGAGCAAGUGUGUAUCUUGUCGUGCGCAUUUAUC